UCUACAAAGGUUUGGAUUCUCCCGGGAUGGAAGGUUUCGUUACGAUCGAAAGGUGCUGCGUAAAUUAAAAUGAUCGGUAAAAUGGAGUCCUGGGGGAACUGGCUGCUGUGCGGCGAACUGGGCCAGGGCGGAUUCGGCAAGGUGCACCACUGGCGGCACCUGAGCGGGGGCCAGGAAAUCGCCACCAAACACAUUAAGGAUUUGAAUUCGCUGAGCGCCGAUCAGCAGAUAAAGCUCAGCGAGCGCUGGAAUAUGGAGUACAACUGGACGCGUGAGUUCCAGCAGCUGCCGCACAUUGUGGCCGGCGUGAUCUUAGACGAAUUGGACCCGGCCUUCAGGGACUUCCUCAAUGGCAGGCACAUUGCCAAGCUGCCGGUCAUCGUGCUGGAGUACUGCAAUGGGGGCGACGUGCGCAAGCGGCUGCAGAGUCCGGAGAAUGCCAACGGUCUGGUGGAGUUUGAGGUGCGCGAGAUCUUGGCGGCUCUGCGCCUGGCAGUUCACUUCCUGCACUCGAAGUGUGGAGUCUGCCACCGUGACUUGAAGCCGGAUAACAUUGUGAUCCAGCGCGGAGCCGACGGGAAGAAGGUGUACAAGCUAACCGACUUUGGCUUGGCACGAGGCACCCCCGAGAAAACGAUCUUGCAGAGCGUGGUGGGAACGCGAAACUACUUUGCCCCCGAGGUGGUGGUGUCGGGCAUUUACAACAAGGCUGUGGACUACUGGUCGCUGGGCAUCAUCGCUUACGAGGUGGCCAUAGGCGAGCUGCCCUUCAUACCGCACCAGACGCCGAAGAAUAUCAUUAUGAGUCUUGAAAAAAAGCCCAGAGAGGUCAUUGCCAUUACAGAGGACCAUGCGGACCCCAGUCGCUUCAUAAACCAAAAACAUUUGCCUAACGAGCAUCAUCUGUCUCGUCCCUGGGCGGAGAAAUUCACUGAGUGGCUCCGCCUGCCACUGGACAGUGACCAAAAGAGACGUGGGCAACUGGCAUCUGAUGAAGUACAAUCAGUUCCAGUCGUAUUCUCCGCACUUGACAAGUUGCUUCAGAUCAAGGUGCUUACCAUUUUUUCGGUAAACUCCAGCAAACUUCUAGAGUACGCCGUUACUGACGACAUGACUAAAGAGCGCCUGAUUGGAGUGAUAGCUCGGGACACGGAAAUGGCUAUCGAGGAUGUUUACCUGGUGCUGCCCACUUUUCACCCGCACAAGAAGAUCACGCCCAGCACCAAGCCCAUCGAUCUCUAUGUAGAGGAGUGGAGGGAUACCAGCAAGGAUACGCGUAAAUGGACAAAGCGCAGCACUCCCCCAGUGAUGGUGUAUGUGUUUCAGGGCAAAAACACGAAGUACAGCGUCUCUGAGCCUGUUUUCACGACGCUGAUGCUAAAAUGUAAUACGCCAAAGUUCAAGUCGGAGGAAAGGUGGCUGCUUAAGCGCCUGGCUCUGGACAUGCACUGCGUAAUCAGCAAGGAGCAGGCGAAGGUGGAGAUGUUUCUCUCUGGAAUCAACGAGCAUGCUCUAGUGCUGGAAGACGAAAUAAUCGCUAGUCCCUUUAAGGAUAUGAUAAACAAACAGUUGCUGACCACUGCCUCCGUCUUUGACCAACUGCAGGGACUUCGAACAGAAGCCAAAACAGAAAGUCCGUCCAUUCAGCUCAACGACUCUGCAGAGUGGGAGAAGCUCAAGGCUAGCUAUGAAGUCAUUAUAGAUAGUGCCAACAAGCUCCUGGCCCACUUCGACUCCUGCUUGCGACAAGCCCGGAACAAGGUGAAUGUCACCAAGCAGCUACUGCAGGACUAUGGCGAAAAAGAUAUAUUCCAUGUCAAUGGAUUUCAGCGGCAGUACUUGCGCAAUGGUGGGAGUAUUUCCCUCGGAGAGUUCAGGGAAGCGGCCAAGGAGUUUGGUAAAACAUAUCAGAAGCUCCACAUCGACGGGCCAUUGGUAAAGGAGGCCAAGAUGAUAGAUACCCUUCACCUGCAUUUUGCUGCAGGCAGGUCGGCGGUCCCGACUGCCUUGGAGAAAUUUGAGCACAUUAAGAGCGAUAUUUCCAAGCUGCUUUUGAAGAUGCUCAAAUCCGCAGCAUUUCCUCCAAUGGUGUCGCCGAUCCCGAUAUCUGUCGCUCCGCCGGCGAUGCUUCAGCUGAGCGACGAAAUGAGCCGACUGACUAUGGGUACCGGGCAUCCCAGUUCGGAUCCAUUUGAUUCUCUAACCACAAACAGCGUUAUCGCCGAGGCUGAACGAAUUAGUAAGAUGCUGCAGACUGAGAUGGAAGUCGAUCCUGCCUAGUGUCCCCCUGUUCGCUUCAGAACAUGUGCCUUAAUUUAAUCGAAAUACACAUAACGAUUUUUUAUUUAUUUUUUUAUACAUAAUUUUAGUUUGUUAUCACCCAUUUAACGAAUGAUGAUUUGUCUCUCUUGAAGGACUUCCCAAAAACUUAAUUUCUCAAAUUCGCACAGAAGUGUGUGUUUAUUUGUUUCAUUUUUGUUUUGUUUUAAGUUUUGCAUGUUAUUGUAUUCUCAGUGGAAUUAAACAAAAAUCUGUUUAAGUUUGA